AAGCUUAAAAUUUGUAUGCUCAAUUUAACAAGCUGAUUGCUCAAUAUAUACUUUUACUUUAUAAAUAUUACCUUAUGAUUCCGUCACAUUUUAGAAAAUAUGAUAGUUAUAAUACUACUAUGUAUUACAAAUGCACCAGGCCAUCAUGUGCAGGGAAAGGGGUAUUUAAAAAUAAUACCUUCCAAAAAUCUAAACAGUGUACAGCUCCUGCCUGCUUAGAAAUAACACAAGUUAAAUCUAUAGCCACACAAACUGAUCCCAUAAAUGUAGAUAGUAUAUCAGUAGCCACUCAAACAUUUGAGACCAUAACCAACCAAGGUAAAUUAUAUAAUAUAUUACUAAUAUGCUAUCUUGUUAACCUGGAAAUUGUAUUCUUAGCAUCAAAUAAUAUGAUCCCUCCAACUAACCAAACAUCAAAUAAUAUGAUCCCUCCAACUAACCAAGCAUCAAAUAAUAUGAUCCCUCCAACUAACCAAACAUCAAAUAAUAUGAUCCCUCCAACCAACCAAACAUCAAAUAAUAUGAUCCCUCCAACCAACCAAACAUCAAAUAAUAUGAUCCCUCCAACUAAUCAAAGCAUUGAAGAUUAUUCGUAUAAAUUUAUAAAAUCUAAAUUUAAUAAUAAUUUAAUCUAUUCAAAUAAAUAUUUAUAUCAUCGCAAUAGAGGAUUUUUUUAUAAAUGUCGUUUACAAAGUUGUAAGGGAAGGGGUAUAUUAGGUACUCAUUUUAUGAUGACUAAGCAACAUAAUCAUGAUAAUGAUGAAGUGUAUUAUGAACUUUUACUUACAUUAAAUGAAUUAAAAAAUCAAACAAAAUUAAAUAAAUAUUUAAGCUUACAUAAAAUAUAUAAAAAGGUUAUGCGCGAAAGGAAAUUAGAUUCCUUUGCGAUGCGACAUCCUAAAACCUUACCAACAUUUUUGUCGGUAAAAACAAUUAUGGCACGCGUUAUUCAAUCGACGCGGCCAUUCUUACCUCGCACAAAUGCUGAUAUAGCAUUGCUUGAGGAACAUUAAGUCACAAUAACUAAUAAUAAUUUUUUAAUUUGUAAUGAUAAUAAUAAAUUAUUUAUUUUUUCUACUCGUAUACUUUUAUCUCGCCUUUGUUUGGCAGAUAAAAUAUAUCUAGAUGGCACGUUUAAUGCCGCCCCUAAACUAUUUAAACAAUUUUACAUUAUAAAUAUUAUUAUAAAUAAUACAUUAAUUAUCUGUGCGUAUAUUCUUUUACCAGAUAAAUAUAAAAAUACAUAUAUUCGAAUGUUUUAUUUAUUAAAAAAUUAUUGCUCAUUAGGUUUAAUUUUUUCGCCACCAAGUGCAACAAUAGAUUUUGAAAAUGGCGUAUUUUUAGCCCUAAAGGAAAUUUUUCCAAGAAUUAUUGUAAAGGGUUGCUAUUUCCAUUUCUGUCAAUGCAUCGUAAGACGCAUUCAGGAAUAUCGCCUGACCCAACUACACAGGCGAAAUCCUUAUAUUCAUAAAUUUUUUCGUAUUAUAAUGGCCAUCCCAUUUUUAUUAGAAAGGGAUGUGCCAUCUAUAAUGAUUGAGUUAACUAACCAAGCUCGAUCUUUUCAAUUAAGUUCUAUUUUAGAUUUUUUAAAUUAUUUUGAAAAUACUUGGAUUAACAGUAAUGCCAAGUUCAAAUAUGAAAUGUGGAACACAUUUGAUGUUAGAGGGGUGAGGACGAAUAACCACGUUGAAGGAUUUAAUCGUGCUUUAAAGGAAUACGUUCCUUAUCCUCACCCUAAUAUUUAUUUAUUUAUUGAUAUCAUUAAAAAUAUAGAACAAGAUAUGGAUCUUAUGUUGAUGCAAUUAGAUGAUGGGCGAAAAGUUACCGAAAGAAGAAGAAAAUAUAUCUUAUUAGAUUUUAAAAUAAGAGAGAUAAUGAUACUUUAUUGUGGAAAUUUAUAUAGUCCCAUUGAAUAUUUGGAUAAAAUAUCCAGAUAUUUAUAUUCUAAAAAAUUUAUUGGUGUUUAGCUCAUUUUUUUAUACUGGUGACUUUUUGCUUAUCAUCUAAUCAAUUUGUUUUAUAUUUUUUUUGAAAUCAUUAAAAAAAUAUCAUUACUGUUGAUCCAAGUUAUUUUAUUGUAGUUGGGUUUGGCUGAAAUGGUAUAUGCCAAUUUCAAAAUCUAUUUAUGUUCCUCAACUAUUGUUAUAUCAUCAUUUGUGGAGAGUUUUAUAUGGUAAAAGUUCAUAAUACUAAUCAUAAUGUUCUUGAGAUUGGAAUGCCUGAAUGGUACACUAAACCCUUCCUUUGUAUAUUUUUUUAUUAGUUGUAUAACUUAUAUUUAUUGUCGUUAUAUUUUUUUUAUAAAUUAUUUCAAUUCAAAAUUAUCAUUUUUAUUAUUGUUUCGCGCACUUUUAUAAAAUUAUUUUUUUUA